AUGGCCGAGAGAACGGCCAGUGAGGCCGAGGAAGGUAGCGAAGUCGAAAUAGCCAAAGGGGGCACACAUUCGAUGAAGAUCGAAACUAUAACGGCUAUGCAGGCUGACAAAAAAGCAGAAAACCAAAAAGAGAUAAUCGAAAUAGCUGAGAAAGAGUCUCUCAGAGUAAGACUCAAGGAUGAGCAGAAUGGGGAUUCGGAAGGAAUUUUGGACCCCAAGCUUUUAAAUUCACCAAGGAAUGCCACUCAAACUAUGCCAUAUAAGUUGGUUUAUGGUCACGAAGCAGUUUUGCCUAUUGAUAUCAAUUUACAAUCUGUUCAAGUGCAAAGGCAAAAUGAGUUGCCAGUCGAGGAUUACUGGAAUUUAAUAUAUGAUGAACUAAUUCGACUGGAUGACGAAAGAAUGAUAGCCAUGCAAAAUGUCAUUCACCAGAAAGAAAAAAUAGCUCGAGUUUAUAACAAAAAGGUCAAGAGUAAACAAUUUUCGAGUGGAGACUUAGUCCUAAAAGUCAUCCUCCCAAUAGACCAAAAAUCUCGAGAUCGGGGUAAAUGGACCUAUAAUAGGGAAGAACCAUUCAUCAUCGAAAGACUCUACUCGAACAAUGCAUAUUUGAUCAAAGAGAUAAAUUCGAGAAAUGCAAGUAAAGUGAUCAAUGGAAAAUACUUGAAGAAAUUUCAUGAAAGUAGCAUGUACUGA